AUGGAAUUCUCCAAAUACCUUGGAGUUGCUGAAGAGUGUAGCAGCAGUGAAUCAGGAUGGACCAUGUACAUUGUUUCUCCCAUGCAUGAAACCAGUUACAACCAUCAUCAUCAUCAUCAUGUUGAUGAUGAGAUUUAUGAGAGUCAUGGUGAUUAUAGCACAUACCAUAAUGCAGAUAGUGAUGAUUCCAUGGUCUCAGAUGCCUCUUCUGGUCCAAUUCGUCAAGGAAUCCUGCGUGGAAGCUCAAAGAGACGUGAGUCCAAGCAUGCAGUGAAAAGAAACCUGUUGGGAAAGAAUGUAAGGCAAGUUGAGAAGAAGUUAUAUGAGAGAAGCCAAAGAGCUGAGAAAGAAGAACACAAGACAAGGGGUGAAAACAAGAAACAUCUGUAG